AAGAAAAGUUGAUUUAGUAUCUUCUGUUUGUCCUUGUUAUGUUGUUGUAAAACUUGGAAGUUGGAAGCAAACUCAUUUCUAUAACAAAAGAAAUCUUAUUUUAUAGAUUACAUUAAAGCAACAUGAAAGACAAUUCAAGCUGGUCUUGGUCGUCGUGGAAAAUAUGUUUGUUGUCUGUUCUCUUUCUCACUAAGACGAUCGCCGCCGUGAAGUUGCCGCCAAACUUGAUUGUUCCGGCGCUAAUCGCUUUCGGAGACUCCAUCGUCGACACGGGAAUGAACAACAAUGUCAAAACCGUGGUUAAGUGUGAUUUUCAUCCUUACGGUAUUGAUUUCCAAGGCGGAGUUGCCACGGGGAGGUUCUGCGACGGACGAGUCCCUGCCGAUUUGCUAGCCGAAGAACUGGGAAUAAAAUCAAUUGUACCAGCAUACCUCGAUCCGAAUCUAAAAUCCAAAGAUCUUUUAACCGGUGUAUCAUUUGCGUCAGGCGGUUCUGGUUAUGAUCCUAUAACACCGAAACUCGUGGCAGUAAUAUCAUUAGAAGACCAAUUAAACUAUUUCGAGGAGUACAUAGAGAAAGUGAAGAAUAUAGUUGGGGAAGAAAAAAAAAACUUCAUAUUAGCCAACAGCUUAUUCUUAUUGGUAGCAGGCAGCGACGACAUAGCCAAUACAUACUACACUAUUCAUGCAAGACCUGAAUACGACAUCGAUUCCUACACUACUCUUAUGUCUGACUCUGCCUCAGAAUUUGUGACUAAACUAUAUGGAUAUGGAGUGAGGAGAGUAGCUGUGUUUGGUGCACCACCAAUUGGUUGUGUACCAUCACAGAGAACCUUAGGAGGAGGUAUUAUGAGAGAUUGUGCUGAGACUUACAACGAAGCAGCAAAGCUUUUCAAUUCAAAGCUCUCCCCAAAAUUGGAUUCGUUGCGUAAAACUCUACCGGGUAUCAAACCGAUCUACAUUAAUAUAUAUGAUCCUCUUUUUGACAUCAUCCAGAAUCCUGCAAAUUAUGGGUUUCAAGUGGCCAAUAAAGGAUGUUGUGGAACAGGAGCCAUAGAAGUUGCUGUGUUGUGCAAUAAAAUCACGUCUUCUGUAUAUGCUGCCAAUGGAUCAUUUCCUGCGCUCUUGGCUUUUGGAGAUUCAAUUCUCGAUACCGGUAACAACAAUUUCCUCCUGACUCUAAUGAAAGGAAAUGUCUGGCCAUAUGGAAGGAGUUUCAACAUGAGAAUGCCGACAGGAAGAUUUGGAAAUGGAAGAGUUUUCUCUGAUAUAGUUGCUGAAGGUUUGGGGAUCAAGAAAAUUUUACCAGCUUAUCGUAAGUUGUUCGUUUCUCCAAGCGACCUUAGAACUGGUGUUUGUUUCGCAUCAGGUGGUGCAGGAGUCGACCCUGUUACAUCCAAAUUGCUGAGAGUUUUAACGCCAAGGGAUCAAGUAAACGAUUUCAAAGGCUACAUAAGAAAGCUAAAGGCCACAGCAGGUCCUUCAAAAGCAAAGGAAAUAGUCGCAAAUGCAGUGAUUCUUGUUUCUCAAGGAAAUAAUGAUAUUGGAAUCUCAUAUUUUGGAACUCCAUCAGCUACUUUCCGAGGAUUGACUCCCGCUAGAUACACCACUAAACUAGCUGGUUGGAACAAACAGUUUAUGAAAGAAUUAUAUGAUCAAGGAGCGAGAAAAUUUGCGGUGAUGGGAGUGAUACCAUUGGGAUGUUUGCCUAUGUCAAGAAUCUUUCUUGGUGGGUUCGUCAUUUGGUGUAACUUCUUCGCGAAUAGAGUUGCAGAACAGUACAACGGAAAAUUGAGGAGCGGAACUAAAACUUGGGGACGCGAAUCAGGUUUUAGCGGUGCAAAAUUUGUCUAUGUCGAUAUGUUCAACACUCUUAUGGAUGUUAUCAAAAAUCAUAGAAGAUACGGAUUUACUAAUGAGAAGAAUGGGUGUUGUUGUAUGAUUACGGCGAUAGUACCAUGUCCCAACCCAGACAAAUAUGUCUUCUAUGACUUCGUUCAUCCCUCCGAGAAAGCCUACAAAACAAUUUCUAAAAAGCUUGUCCAGGAUAUCAAGAAUGGCCUUGCCUGAUUUCUUAUACAAUGCUUUAUAUUUUAAUCUUAAUAACAGCCAUCGUUAAUA